GAUACUUUCUUGUUUUCAUUGAUUCUCAAACAUGGCGUCUGAAGUGCAGGCGGGCACCGCUGCAGCUGCAGAAAAGGACUUGGCUGUAGGAGAGGUUGCCUUUGGGGAACAACCUCCUGGUAUGGACACAGAGUCAUCAAAUGGCAAAGAGGGAAUGGAGGCUGUCGGUGAUGGCUCCGAAGCAGCCGGCACUCUGACUGGAUCCGGAGAUGAGGAGAGCGGGCGGCAGCUCGGGGAGGUGGAGCUGCAGUGCGCCUUGUGUAUGAAGUGGUUCACAGCGGAAACAUUUGGGAUUGAAACGGCGACGUGUCUCCCCUUCAUGACCAAUUAUGUGUUUCACUGCAAUGUAUGCCAUCACAGCGGCAACACGUACUUCCUCAGGAAACAAGCAAACCUGAAGGAAAUGUGCCUCACAGCUUUGGCAAACCUCACAUGGAGGUCCAGAACACAAGAUGAGCAUCCUAAGACCAUGUUCUCCAAAGACAAGGAUAUCAUCCCAUUCAUUGAUAAGUACUGGGAGUGCAUGACGACUCGGCAGCGACCAGGGAAGCUCACCUGGCCCAACAACAUAGUGAAGACGAUGAGCAAAGAGAGGGACGUGUUCCUGGUGAAAGAACACCCUGACCCUGGCAGUAAGGACCUGGAGGAGGAGUACCCAAAGUUUGGCCUUUUGGAUCAGGACCUUGGGAGCAUAGGACCCUCAUAUGACACCCAGAAACAGACCAGUGGAACUCCAGCAGCUGGAGGGCUCAACGGUGGAUCUUCUUUCUCAGGUGCUCUGGCCCCGGGCCCCGGGAAAGGGAGGGGGGCCAAACGCAAGCAGCAGCAGCAGCAGGAGGGGACGGCUGCCGGAGCUUCGAAGAGAACCAGGAGCGACCCGUUGUUCUCAGCCCAGCGGCUGCCUCCCCACGGCUACCCUCUGGAACACCCGUUCAACAAAGACGGCUACCGCUACAUCCUGGCAGAACCGGACCCCCACGCUCCGGACCCAGAGAAGCUGGAGCUGGACUGCUGGGCCGGCAAACCCAUCCCUGGUGAUCUGUACAGGGCCUGCCUGUAUGAGAGGGUGCUGCUGGCGCUGCACGACAGAGCUCCUCAGCUGAAGAUCUCAGACGACCGGCUGACGGUGACGGGGGAGAAGGGUUACUCCAUGGUCAGAGCCUCGCACGGCGUGCGGAAAGGAGCGUGGUACUUUGAGGUCACGGUGGAUGACAUGCCUCCAGAGACGGCAGCCAGACUGGGCUGGUCUCAGCCUCUGGGUAACCUGCAGGCUCCUCUUGGUUAUGAUAAGUUCAGCUACUCCUGGCGGAGUAAGAAGGGGACUCGCUUCCACCAGUCCAUAGGGAAGCAUUACUCCUCUGGCUACGGUCAGGGCGACACGCUGGGCUUCUUCAUCGAGCUGCCUGAUGGAACGGAGACGGCCAAGGCUCUGCCCGACACCUACAAGGACAAGGCGCUUAUUAAGUUCAAGAGCUACCUGUACUUUGAGGAGAAGGACUAUGUGGACAAAGCAGAGAAGAGCCUGAAGCCGAUGAGCCCCAGCAGGAUGCUGUUUUAUAAAAACGGCGUUAACCAAGGUGUUGCCUUUGAGAACCUCUUUGAAGGCCUCUACUUUCCUGCCAUCUCCCUGUACAAGAGCUGCACGGUUUCUGUCAACUUUGGGCCUCAUUUCAAAUACCCACCCAAAGACGUCACCUACCAACCGAUGAGUGACAUGGGAUGGGGAGCGGUGAUCGAGCACACGCUGGCGGACACGCUGUACCACGUGGAGACAGAGGUGGACGGCCGCCGCAGCCCCCCAUGGGAGGGUUAGACGUGGAAUCCAACACUUUGACCUUCGGAUUACAGCAGUUAAAGCUAAGGUUAAGACUUGGCAGCAAAAUUAAAUAAGCGGAUCUUCUGUGCAUCCCAGGAAUAAUAACUCGUUAUCCCAUCCUUUAAAAACUCCUGGAAGGAGAGUUUAGUGUUUUCUGUGUUGUUUUUAUUAUUUACUUUUUUUUAUAUUUUGGAUUAAAAAAAAUAAAUGUGUGUUAA